AUGGGCUACCAGGAUCCUUUAAGAGACUCAGAUGUAAUCGACGGCCUCAAUAUCAGAUUCCUCAAGUUCUUCGGGAUGUGGAAGGCCCUCAAUGACUAUAAAACAACGGGAAAGAAGAGUAUAGUAAUAAAGAUGCACAUACUUGUAUCUCUUAUCAUAUCCAUUCCAUAUUUAGUCUUUCAAGUGAAAAGCUUCUUCACCAUACAGUACGACAUCCAGAAGAUCACGUUCGUCAAUAUGUAUCCUAUGCCUGCUUUGCAGAUGUGCUCCAGGAUGGUCCUGUUUUGGUUUCACAUGGACAGGUUUUACCGACUCUCGGACCUGCACUUCGCCAUUUACUGCAGCGAGUGGUACACUGCUGACGCAAAGUUCAGGAAGGCGGCCCAGAUGCUGAUGAUCAGAUCAAGAAGGAGUUCCACCCUCACCGCUAUCUCGAUGUACCCAAUCAAUUUGGAAACACUCAGCGCCAUUGUACAGUUCACGUACUCGGCUGCUGCUUUGAUGUCGGGGAUGGUCAACUAA